GAAUGUAUACUGUAUAGACAUCUUCAUGUUAUAGUGUAUCAAUUGCAAUCAUGUGUAUCUAUACAGGAUUCAUCAUGAGUUUGUUAACUAUUAGUGUGCAUGAGAUAUCCGGAGAGUUAAGACCCGUAAAAACUGUUUCACGGGACUAUUACGAUGACACUACUAGAGAGGUUUUUGGAAAACAGCUAGAACAACUCGAGUCUGUUGAGGACGUUGAGAUAUCUUCCGAAAACUCAGCUGAAACGUUAAUCGGUGCUUCAUAUUGGGAUGAAAUGAAUACUGAAGAGGUUAACGAUUUAGCUCCAAGAGGGAUGCAAAUACCGACGAAGAAGAAAUUAUGCAUAUUAACUCCGGAACGACAAUUCUGUGUGGAGCACUUGAAACAAAUUAUAGUAUCCAAGAACGCAGUUGCAAAACUAGAAGCACAAGUAAAUAAUCUACCGAAGGGACGUUAUAGACCGGGUGAUGUGGGUGACUCGCAACACUCGGCUGAGUCCAAUCGCGAAUACCAGAUACCGUCGUCGAAAAAGACUCUGUGCAUCUUCUCUCCACCCAAGGAGUACUGCGUGGUUCAGAUGAAGGACAUAUCGAGCUCGGACCCGCAGGAGGUGAUACUCCCGCGCCAUGCCGUUGUCGACGACGUUGCCGAAACCGGUGUUGCCGAUGACGACAAAGUCGGCGUUUCUGAUGAGGAUGAUGGAAAUACCCACAAUAUUAAGGGCGGGUAGUGACAUCGUCAACUAAGGAUGUUUACAAUAACAGAUUUUGA